CAUUCAUUAGAUUUGACGGGAGGGAUUCCAAAUUCCAAUUCCAUUCACCACACCACACUGACACUCUCUCUUCUCUUGUCUUUUCUUCCACCGCUCCGAAAUCCUCUUCUCCUACCCUUUUGGCCUUUUCCUCUCCUCCUUCAACAUUCCACUUACAAGAGUAUGUAUGUUUUCUUUCUCAUGAAUCUUCCUCUGUAGCCGCCCACUUGUCCUAUUAUCAUAUCAACACAUGCAUUUACAUUUACUUCUGCAACACUCUUCCUCUCUCAUCACUCAUCACUCAUGACAUGUCCACACCCUCAGCCUCACCCAACCUUUUUCUUUAAACCACUUACCAAAACCACCUUAUUAACUCCUGUUAAGACUAGAUGGGUAAAGCACCUUGCUGUGAGAAACAUGGAGUCAGAAGGGGAGCUUGGACCCCUGAAGAAGACCAAGCUUUGGUUCACUACAUCAACAAACAUGGCCAUGGAAGUUGGCGUACUCUCCCCAAGCAUGCAGGUCUUCUACGAUGUGGGAAAAGUUGUCGGCUUCGGUGGAUAAACUAUCUUCGCCCUGGCAUCAAGCGUGGCCCAUUUACUAAUGAAGAAGAAAGUACAAUUGUUCAACUUCAUGGCAUGCUUGGCAACAGGUGGGCUGCUAUAGCAUCCCAACUACCUGGAAGAACAGACAAUGAGAUUAAGAAUUAUUGGAACACCCAUUUAAAGAAGCGCCUCGUUGGACCAUCUCAUUCCCUAAGAGCAAAGCAACCAUGUGUCAUUCCUGAUUUAACGAUUAUCAAGUCCGAAUCUCCUUCAACGCGUCACAUGGUACAAUGGGAAAGUGUGAGAGUUGAGGCAGAGGCAAGGUUGUCAAUGGAAUCCUUGUUGAUUAAUUCAUGGCCAACGACUAAAACAUGCUCUGAUCACUUUCUUCAACUUUGGCAUUCUGAGGUUGGACAGUCAUUUCGCAUGCUCAAGGGAAAGGAAGGAGUACUGUGUCAAAGUUGUGUUUCACAACCAUCAUCCUCAUCAAAAUUGGAGUCUUGUUCAGAUGAGUCAUUGCAGGUGAAAAACACUGGAACCAGUAGUUGCAAUCCAAAUCUUGAGGAUGUGAACAUAAUUCAUGAACAAACAAGUAGCUACAAACCAAAGCUUGAUGAUGACACAGCAGGGUCAGAGUCUGGCAAUUAUGAAUUUCUUGAUAUUUCUGAUUCUUCACUAAAGCACCUACUAGAUAUGCAUGAUAGUGAUAUAGGAUUCUUGGGACAGAAUGGCAAUUUCCUAAAUCUCCUCGAUGGUACAUAUGACUAAGAUAGUCCUCUUUCAUAUUUCUUCAGAGAAAGGCAACCAAUACUUUGAACUGAUGGGAAAUUUUUCUUUGCCUUUUUAUGAUUUCUUCAUUUUUGUAAAUGCACUCACCAUGUAGCUGGCUUUCAAUAGUUGGUCUAGAGUGGGAAAAAUGGUAGAUAUAUUGAUAGUUGCUAGAGUUUAAGUUUAUCUUCCACUCGAUGACAGUAGCUAAAAGUUAAAAUAUUAAUGGAUUCAGAAUUAAUGAUAUUGUUCUUGUCCUUCAA